CGGAAAUCCUGUAGUUGCAGACUGACUUCAUCUUUCCUGUUGACAGAUCAGAGUCGUCUCUUGCACUGGAAAGAUGUCUGCAGACAAAGAAGAAGGGGAUAUUCUGUGCUUCUUUAUCAACGGGAAAAAGGUAACGGAGAACCAUGCGGACCCUGAAACCAUGCUGUUGUCCUUUCUCAGAGAGAAACUGAGGUUAACUGGAACCAAGUAUGGCUGCGGUGGCGGAGGAUGCGGGGCGUGCACGGUCAUGUUGUCACGCCUCCAACCGGCCACCAAAACCAUCAUACAUUACUCAGCCAGCGCCUGCCUCCUGCCGAUCUGCCAGCUUCACGGAGCCGCCGUCACCACAGUGGAGGGCGUCGGCAGCACCAAGACCAGGAUCCAUCCUGUGCAGGAGCGAAUAGCGAAGGCUCAUGGCUCCCAGUGUGGCUUCUGCACUCCAGGGAUGGUGAUGUCCAUGUACACCCUGCUGAGGAACAAGCCUCAGCCCACCAUGGAGGACAUCACACUGGCUCUAGCUGGUAAUCUGUGUCGGUGUACUGGAUAUCGCCCCAUCGUUGACGGCUGCAAGACCUUCUGUCAGGAAGCCAAGUGCUGCCAAGCCAAUGGAGCUGGAGACUGUUGCCUCAACGGAGAGGAAAAGACUGAUGAACCAGAGCAUGAAAAGCCACAGUUGUUUGACAAAGAAGAAUUUCUUCCACUGGACCCGACACAGGAGCUCAUCUUCCCCCCUGAACUGAUUCUGAUGGCAGAAACAGCGAACCCAAAGACACUCACCUUUCAUGGGGAGAGGAUGAGCUGGGUGUCCCCCAUCUCCCUGGAGGAGCUGGUCCAGCUCAAAACCAGAAACCCUCAAGCUCCGCUGGUCAUGGGAAACACCAACAUAGGUCCAGAAAUAAAGUUCAAAGGCAUCCUGCAUCCGCUGAUAAUAUCUCCAACCAGAAUUCUGGAGCUGUUUGAGGUCACUCAGACACCUCAGGGUGUUUGGGUGGGCGCGGGCUGCAGUCUUACUGAGGUUCGGUCUCUUUUGGAGAAGCUAGUUCCUCAGUUUCCGGAGGAGAAGACCGAACUGUUCAGAGCCCUGAGCCAACAGCUGGGGAACUUGGGAAGCCAGCAGAUCCGUAACGUGGCCUCUCUUGGGGGCAACAUCAUGAGUGCGUACCCAAACUCAGACCUGAACCCUGUUUUGGCUGCAGGGAACUGCAAAGUGAGCGUGAUUUCAAACAGAGGAAGACGAGAGGUUCCUCUGAAUCAAGACUUCUUUGUGAGCUUUGGAAAAACCAUCCUGAGGCCAGAAGAGAUUGUUGUUUCUGUCUUCAUUCCCUUCUCCAGAAAGGGGGAGUUUGUUCGAGCUUUCCGCCAGGCUCCGAGGAAGGAGAGCUCCUUCUCCACAGUGACGACCGGGAUGAGAGUGUUUUUCUCAGAGGGCUCCAGGGUGGUUCAGGAUGUCAGUAUUUACUACGGAGGAAUGGGACCGACCACUGUUAAUGCCACCAAAACAUGCGCAGCUAUCAUCACAAGGCCUUGGGAUGAUGAGACCCUCAGCCGGGCCUAUGACGUCCUCCUGGAUGAGUUUGUCCUCCCUCCGUCGGCUCCUGGAGGAAAAGUGGAGUUUCGUCGCUCUGUGACUCUCAGCUUCCUCUUCAAAUUCAACCUGGAGCUCCUGCAGAAACUUAUAGAAAUGAAUGUGAUUAAAGAUGAGCUUCCUGAGAAGAUCCAAACUUUACCCAGAGAGAUCCAACCCAGCCUGCAGGAGUUCCAGCAUGUGUCAAAGGACCAGAGCGACCAGGACCCUGUGGGGCGUCCCAUCAUGCAUCGCUCUGCCAUCAGCCAGGCCACAGGUGAAGCCGUGUACUGUGACGACAUCCCCAGAACAGACGGGGAGCUCUUCCUGGCUCUGGUCACCAGCUCUCGAGCACACGCUAAGAUCACAGGGCUGGAUGUGAGCGAGGCUCUGCAGCUUCCUGGUGUUGUCGAUGUCAUCACGGCCAAAGAUAUUCCUGGCCAGAAAGUUCGCACAAUGAGUGGUUAUGAUGAGGAGCUGUUUGCAGAGACCGAGGUGAGCUGCGUCGGUCAGAUGUUAUGUGCGGUGGUCGCUGAUACGAGGGCGCACGCCAGACGAGGAGCAGCAGCCGUGAAGGUCGGCUACGAAGACCUGCCUGACCCGGUUUUUACCCAAGAGGAAGCUAUUGAGAAGUCGUCUUUCUUUGAGCCUCGGAGGAGGAUUGAGAGAGGAAAUGCGGCUGAAGCCUUUGAAAGUGUUGAUCAGGUUCAUGAAGGAGAGUUUCGAAUGGGUGGCCAGGAGCAUUUCUACAUGGAGACCCAGAGCAUGCUGGUUGUUCCUGUUGGUGAGGAGACGGAGUUCAACGCUUACGUCUCCACUCAGGCGCCGACAAUAAUUCAGGACGCAAUAGCGGAGACGUUGGGCAUCCCGUCCAACAGAGUCACCUGUCACGUCAAAAGGAUAGGUGGAGCUUUCGGCGGAAAGGUCGUUAAAACUGCGAUACUGGCUUCUAUUACCUCUUUGGCUGCAUGGAAGACCAGUCGUGCAGUCCGCUGUGUCCUGGAGCGAGGAGAGGACAUGUUGAUCACAGGAGGACGUCACCCUAUCCUGGCAAAAUACAAAGUGGGUUUCAUGAAUGAUGGAAGGAUCAUGGCUGCAGAUAUCCAGUACUACACCAAUGCUGGCAACGCUGUCGAUGAAUCUAUUCUGGUAGUAGAAAAAAUCCUGCUUCACUUUGACAACGCCUACAACAUCCCCAACCUAAGAGGCCAUGCUGCCGCCUGCAAGACCAACCUGCCCUCCAACACGGCCUUCAGGGGCUUCGGCGUGCCCCAGAGCAUCGUGGUCGUGGAGAACAUGAUCAACGACGUGGCCAUGCUGCUGGGACGCCCUGCAGACCAGAUUCGGGAGAUCAACAUGUACAAGGGGCCGUCAGUCACCCACUACAAGUUUGAGUUCAGCCCUGAGAACAUGCUGCGCUGCUGGGAGGAAUGUAAGGUCAAAUCUGACUACAGCGCCCGCCGCAGAGCUGCCGACCAGUUUAACCAGCAGAACCGCUGGAAGAAGAGGGGGAUGUCCAUCAUCCCCAUUAAAUACGGGAUCGCAUUUGCAGAGGGCUUCUUAAAUCAGGCUGCAGCUCUGGUCCACAUCUAUAAAGACGGCUCUGUUCUGGUCUCUCAUGGUGGGACGGAGAUGGGUCAGGGACUCCACACUAAAAUCCAACAGGUGGCGAGUCGGGAGCUUCAUAUCCUGCCCUCUAAGAUCUACAUCAGUGAAACCAGCACCAACACUGUUCCCAACACCUGCCCCUCUGCUGCCUCCUUCGGUACUGACGCCAACGGCAUGGCGGUCAAGAAUGCCUGCCAGACUCUGUACCAGCGACUGGAGCCAAUCAGGCAGAAGGACCCCAAGGGAUCAUGGGAGAGUUGGGUCAACGCAGCAUUUUUUGAGAAAAUCAGUUUAUCCGCCACUGGAUUCUACAGAGGUCCAGACCUUUACAUGGACUGGGACAAGAUGGAGGGGCAACCUUACGCCUACUUUACGUACGGAGUGUGUUGCUGUGAGGUGGAGCUGGAUUCCCUCACAGGAGACUACAGGACGGUGAGGACAGACAUUGUGGUUGACAUCGGUAGAAGUCUGAACCCCUCAAUGGACAUCGGCCAGAUUGAAGGAGCGUUCAUGCAGGGUUUGGGUCUCUACACUCUGGAGGAGUUGAAGUUUUCCCCGUCUGGGCUCCUGUACACUCGAGGUCCGUCUCAGUACAAGAUCCCUGCGGUCUGCGACGUGCCGCUUCGUUUCAACGUUUAUCUGCUGUCAGACUCCUUCAACCCCCACGCCAUCUACUCCUCAAAGGGUAUUGGAGAACCGGUCGUCUUCCUGGGCAGUUCAGUGUUCUUCGCCAUCAAAGACGCGGUGGCUGCAGCCCGCUCAGAGUCCGGUUUAGUCGGCCCGUUUUCCCUGGACAGCCCUGCGACACCAGAGAGGGCCUGUCUGGCUUGUGCCUCCCCGUUCACUCAGAAGAUUCCAGCCAGCAAACCGGGAUCUUUCAAACCGUGGGCCUUAAACAUCUGAAACUAAAUCUGUGUUUUUUUUGUUUUCUUGUUUGAUCAAACUAAGCUUAAGCUAAACUGACUGUGAUGAGCUAAAGCUAAACUGACUGAUUGUAACUGCCAAUAAUGAAGUAAUACAGUAGAGCUGCACUAUUAUGAACAAAAUUAUAAUUUUGAUCAAUAUUGAGAUCACGAUUAUUCAUUGAUUUCUUGCACUUUCAUAUUUAAAUAAACAGAGCACUGCUUUCACUUCCAUGUUGUGCUACAGUCCUUCUAAUCUACAUCUCUUUGCAUCAAAAUAAGACUUAACAAGUAAAAACAAAACAAGUAUAACAUACAGUAUAUUACUCUUCUACUCUGGACUGCAGCCACAACACUCAGUAAGUUUAGGCUGUGGCUGUAGUGUGCGCUCGCAGCAGCAUGACGGCUCCCCAAAAGUGAAGCCGACACAUUUCCAUCGCCCUUUGGUGGCUGGCUGUUAGUUCAGGAAGCGCUUGAUUUGAAAUGCAGCAGAGUUUUCUGUGAGCGGAGCACUGAUUUUAAAAGUAUAUAUCGCUGUCGAUCAUGUUUAUUAAAUUGUGGGAAGCCAAAAUCGUGAUUAAAAUCAGAUUAAUUGUGCAGUCCUAUAAUACAGUUAUACUCUAUAAACUGUCUUUACGUGGACAUUUUUACAAACAAAUUCAACUUUUGACUGAAUUAAUAUUGCACAUGUAUUCUCAUUUUUAUUACAUAACUUUUUUGCUCUUAUCCUACAGUAUCACUAAAUCAAUAAAAGAAGAAUACAUUAAAUAAA